UCGGCUCUACUGUGCAGAAGAACCUGCUCCUCAGUCCUACCUGUUCCUUGUCUGCAGUCUUUGGUCAUCUCCUGUACUAUGUCCGCAGUCUCUGGUCAUCUCCUAUACUAUGUCUGCAGCCUCUGGUCAUCUCCUGUAUUAUGUUCGCAGCCUCUCGUCAUCUCCUGUACUAUGUCCGCAGCCUCUGGUCACCUCCUGUACUAUGUCCGCAGCCUCUGGUCAUCUCCUGUAGUAUGUCCGCAGCCUCUGGUCAUCUCCUGUAGUAUGUCCGCAGCCUCUGGUCAUCUCCUGUACUAUGUCCGCAGCCUCUGGUCAUCUCCUGUACUAUGUCCGCAGUCUCUGGUCAUCUCCUGUACUGUGUCCGCAGUCUCUGGUCAUCUCCUGUACUAUGUCCGCAGUCUCUGGUCAUCUCCUGUACUGUGUCCGCAGUCCUCUGGUCAUCUCCUGUACUAUGUCCGCAGUCUCUGGUUAUCUCCUGUAGUAUGUCCGCAGCCUCUG